GCGAGAGUCGGUGUUGGGGGCCCCGCGUCGUUUGUUGGUGACUCUCGGUAGUCUCUCCAGGGACAGCUCGUCUUGUCCAGCCACGAGAAUCGAACCUCUACCCAGUCUUCCAGUCCCAGACUUGGAAACUACCAUGCAGAAAUAUUUAGCACAAGUUGAAGUGAUAGUACCGAAUCAUCUGGAAAAGACACGAAGUUUAGUAAGAGGAUUCCUAUCUGGAUCUGGACCAAAAUUGCAGCAACAUCUUCUGGAACGUAGACAUAAAAUGGCCAAUUGGGCUACCGAUUGGUGGUUGCACGACAUGUACCUAUCUGUUCCAUUGGCUUUACCAAUAAAUAGUAAUCCUGGUAUAGUAUUAGAAGGAAAACAAUUUACCAAUCAACAAGAUGCAGCAAUAUUCCUUGGAAGAUUUAUAACGGAGCUAUUAAAUUAUCAGGAACAGCUGGACAGAUCCGAAUUGGAAAUCGAUAAAGUUAAAUCGAAGGACGGAAAAUCUAUGCAAUCAUUAUGCAUGGCUCAGCAUUAUCAAAUGUUUCGAAUUUAUCGACGACCUGGUAUAAACGUUGACGAACAAAUCAUUUUUGACAGGGCUACUUCCGGUGAUCAUAUUAUUAUCGCACAUCAUAAUCAAUUUUAUAGUGUUCCUGUUAGAGCGUCGGAUCGAGGACGAAUAACUGAAAGCGAAUUAAUACAACAGAUAUUAAAAAUCAUGGAAACUAAAGCAAGUCCUACUACACCACCUGUCGGAAUUUUAACAACUGGCAAAAGACCGAUUUGGGCUAAAGCAAGAGAGGAAUUGAUGAAAAACGAACGUAAUCGUCACAAUAUAGAAUUGUUGGAAAGAUGCAUGUGUAUCGUUUGCAUUGACGAUGACGUUUUACCAGGAACGUUUAACAAUCCAUAUAGAAAGAAUGAUCGAUGGAUAGGUGAUCGUGAUUUAGCCAAUGUUUUACAUCACGUUCUUCAUGGUGGUGGUUCUCGACAUUUUGCUGCCAAUCGUUGGUUCGAUCAAACCGUUCAAUUGAUCCUUGGAAAAGACGGUUUAUGGGGUGCCUGUUAUGAACAUUCAGCUGGCGAAGCACCGGCUAUUUUAAACGCAAUCGAGGAUAUAACACAAAAGAUCGAUUCUAUGCCACCUAUAGAAGAAAAUUUAGUACCAUCUCAUUUGCCAGCUCCAGAAAAACUCGAAUGGAUACUUACGGAAUCAAGUUUGAACGAUAUCAGAGAAGCCAUGAGUAAUUUCGAUUCACUCGUCGAAGAUUUGGAUUUGUGCGUUAUGAAUUUUAUGGAUUAUUCAAAGGAAUUUGUUAAAUCUUGCAAAAUAAGUCCAGACGUUUACAUACAAUUGGCAUUACAAUUAACAUACUUCAGAUUGCAUGGUAGAUUAGUGGCAACUUAUGAAAGUGCUGGUAUUCGUCGAUUUGCACAAGGAAGAGUGGACGUUAUAAGAGCAGCCAGUCCAGAAGCAUUAGCUUGGGCCAAGGCCAUGUGUCAAGGAGAUCCAGAAAGCCAAUCGACAAAUCAACUAAACAACAUUCAAGACGAAGGCUCUAAAAGACCUGACAGAAUAAAGGAAUUGUUCGAUUUGGCUGUACAAAGGCAAACUAAAGAAAUGAACGACAAUAUAACCGGACGAGGAAUCGACAACCAUUUGAUGGGACUCCGUUAUGCUGCCAAAGAGGCCGGAGAACCAAUCCCAGACAUCUUUACGGACGAGGCUUACAGGAUUAUUAAUCAUUUCGCACUCUCGACUUCGCAGGUGACCACAAAAAAUACAAAUGCCUUUAUUGGAUAUGGUCCAGUUGUUCCAGAUGGUUACGGAUGCUGUUACAACAUGCAAAAGAACAAAUUUAUAUUUAUAAUUUCGGCCUUUCACAGUGACGGUCAAACUAAUUCAUUACGUUACGCUCAAACAUUAGAACAAGCGUUACGUGACAUGGCAACUAUGUUGAAGAAUUCUAUUAAUCAGAGAUAAAUACUUAUAUUUAAAUUAUUAUUAACAAUAACAAAAUAUAUAUAUAUAUAUAUAUAUAUCGUUCGCCUAAAAUGUUAAACACAAGAACAGAAAGAAAGAAAGAAAGAGAAAGUAUAGAACAACGAAAAGUUAUUAGAUCACAUUGAUCAAUUCAUAGAACGAUUGAAAUAUUUAUCAUUUAUUGCAAAAAAAAAAAGAAAAAAUAACAAACAUACAUAGAAAAUGCAGGAUGUUAGCCCUCUGCCCCCCCCCAAAAAAAAAAAGAGUAAAUAUUUUAAGUGUACCCAAAAGUUUUGAAAUAAUUUGUUUAACAAUUAAUUAUCCAUUCGCGAGAACUCGUUGAUAUUAUUUUAACGUUUCAAAUUAUACUUAAUACAAAUUUAAUUAUAGGCUUGAAACAAAACAAAAUGUCACCGAUUAUUCAUAUAACUCAUUUUAAAACCGUCAUAUAGAAUAAUAAUUGAUUAUUUAACAUUUUGCAAAAUAAUUUAGAAACUUUUGGAAACGCGUAAAUAAUUUUGAAAUAACAUCCUGUAUUUUAUAUAAAUAAAAUGCAUAAAUUAUCAUCAAAUAGAGAUCCUAUCGCGCGUUGUGUUUCUAGCUAAAAAAAAAAUUAUAUUAUUAUUAUAUGAAUGAUUAAAAAAGAAAAUGAUAUAUAUAUAAAAUAUUAAAAAAAAAAAACAACUCAAAGCUCUCGCACAAUUGUUAGUAUUAUCGAUGGUUUAUUAUAUAAUCUUAAAACGAAACAAAAAGAAAGAAAAAAUCUCAUCGAAUGCUGUCUUAAAUGAUAAGUCAUGUACACACACACACACACACAUACAUACACUCACACAUGUCACACACAUCUCUUUCACUUUCUCUCUUUCAUUCUAAUAUAUUACGGCACUAUUAAUCUCAUUAUUUUAUUCUUUCAUUUUGUUUUAAAAAUUAAGAGAAAUAAAGACAGAGAGAGAAAGGAUUAAGAAAAAAUGAACUAAAUUGAACUAAUCUCUACCAAAAGCAAAACUAUACGAAUAUUCGCACUAACACAUACAUACAUAAAUACAUAUCUUCUAUACGGUGUUGUUACUCGCGACUAAAAUUAAGAAUAGUUAAAAAAAAAAAAAAA